AUGGCAGAGGAGAGCUGGAACGAAAUUCGAAGAAGCAACCUCAGGUUUAGCCGAAUUAACUCAAGCUCUACGCCUCAAACAACGUGGAUAGCACCUGCACCAGACAGCUAUAAGAUCAACUAUGAUGGAGCACUUUCAAAUGCAGACAACAAAUCUGGGAUUGGUGUUGUUGUAUGGGACUGUCAUGGGGAGGUUAUUGCUUCACUUGUACAGCAACUGGACCAGGCUUACCAACCCAUGGAAGUCGAGGCAUUGGCAGCGUGUAGGGCUGUGGAAUUUGGUAGUGAGUUAGGACUUCAUAGAGCCAUUGUUGAGGGUGAUUCAGAAAUGGUUGUCAAGGCCCUCAGAUGCAAGGAAUAUGGGUUGGCCCCUUACGCCCAUUUAAUAAAAGACGUGUCGUUAUUCUCCGGCUUAUAUUCAGAAUUGUCAUACUCUCAUGUAAAGAGAGAUGGUAAUAAAGUUGAUUACAGUUUAGCUAGGCUAGCUUUGACAACACAAAGUUGUACUGUGUGGAUAGAGGAUGUUCCAUCUCGCACUUUAUCUUUCGUUCAGGCUGAUUUGGCCAUGCUUUAA